UGGAAGAUGCUGGAUAAGACCACCCUGCUCCUGUUCCUGAAUUUAGUCACCUGCUCCAUCUCCUCUCCUCUCUACCCAGCUCUCAGGUACAGUCCAGGGCCAGUUGCUGGCGAGGCCAUGAGCUUCCAGCUGCAGCACAGCAGCUCACUGCAGAGCCAUAGCCCCUUGGCAGAGGAGCAGGAGGAGGAGGCUUUGUUAACAGACCCCACUGAGAAAAGGAUGCAGCGCCACGCCGAUGCCAUCUUCACUGACAACUACCGGAAAUUCCUGGGGCAGAUUUCUGCCCGAAAAUUCCUCCAGACCAUCAUUGGCAAGAGGCUCGGAAUCAGCGAGAGCAGCCCGGGGGAAGGGGUGCAGGAAUUCCUGAGCAGGCGCCAGUCCGACAGCAUCCUGAUGGACAGCCACUACCACCAGCAGAUGGUACUGAGGGACUUCCUGGGAGCCAUCCUGCAGAGCCAAAGGCCUCAGGACAUCGACAGCCAGCUAGAAGGCUUUCCCAGCACCCUGGCUAAGCUCAUGUAA